UGUUGGGUACCUUGAUCUCGCUUUGCUGUUGCCUUUGUUUUUUGUACGGCUGGCUGUCUGCCCAUCUGCCGCCUCUUUGCCCUGUUUGCUCCGUUACUCCCAUGCCCUGGUGCGCAGUGCCUGGUGCUGGUACGUUACCCUUUGAUUUUUUCUUUCGGCGGGUGUGGGAAGCGUCCUCCUUUAUUUUUUUGUUAUUUUUGUUUUGUUUUAUUUUGAUCGGUGUCCGAGGGCUCUUUUCUCGAACGGUCGGUGCGAUACCUGUUCUUUUUUUUCGAUCAUUUUGUUUUCUUUUUCCGAGUGGUCUUACAUUAAUACCAUCAAAGGUGAAGAUCGGAUAAAAUCGAAACUAGGGUUGCCAACGCCAACAAACAUCAAAAGUAUGCGAUCAGUCCUAGGAACGGUCAACUAUGCCAGGAAAUUCAUCCCCGACUUAGCCGCCGUUACCGCACCAAUGGUUGACCUUACGAAGAAAGACGCAGUGAAGUCGGUAGCGAAACGCUGGGGUCCGAAACAUGAUGAAGCAUUUGCCGAAGUGAAACGAUUACUCACCAACGCUCCUGUUUUGCGUUUUCCGGACUUCUCUAAAGAGUUUGCUAUCCACGUAGACGCAUCUGAAGUGGGAACAGGAACAUUCCUGGCACAACAGAAUGGCGAUGACGUGAAUAUCGUAGCAUACUUUAGCCAGCGAUUCAACAAAAGCUAACAACACCACUCUGCCACC